AUGGCUACAACCAGAAGAACUAUUAGGGUUCUCAUGCUUCCAUGGCUUGCUCAUGGUCACAUAGGUCCAUUUCUAGAGCUAGCCAAAAAGCUCUCCCGAAGGAACUUCCACACAUUUCUAUGUUCAAGUCCUGUCAACCUUAGUUCCAUCGAAAUCCCCGAUGAAUAUUGCUCCACCAUUGAGCUGGUGGAACUCCAUGUCCCAUCUUUGCCUGGUCUCCCUCCUCAAUACCACACAACUAAGGGCUUACCGCCUCACCUUAUGCCGAAAUUGAAGGCGGCCUAUGACAUGGCAGGCCCCAACCUCUCCGACAUCAUUUCUGAUCGCGGACCUGAUUUGCUUAUCUUCGAUUUUCUCCUCCCGUGGGCGCCCAAAGUCGCAAGGUCGCACGGCAUCCCAGCGGUCAACUUCUUGAGCGUGGCGGCGGGGACGAGUUCGUACGUGCUCCACUCCAUCAAGAGGCCGGGCGAUGAGUAUCCUUUCAAGGCAAUUCAUCUUCAGGAUCAUUGGAUGGAAAAGUAUAGGAACCAAAUAGAACAAGCAUCGGAGAGUGGCAUGAGCGAUAUGGAAAGGGUGGCGCAAUGCAUCGACCAAUCUUCAAGCUUGAUCUUCCUGAAGACCUUUAGGGACUUGGAGGGCAAAUACAUCGACUACCUAAGUGAUCUUUUGGGGAAGAAAGUCGUGCCUGUCGGCCCAUUGGUUCAAGACCCUAUCCAAGAUGAUGGGAAUCCCAUAAUCGAGUGGCUCAAUCAAAAGGAAAGAUCGUCGACCAUAUUCGUGUCAUUUGGCACGGAAUACUUCCUCACGGAGAAGGAAAGAGAAGAGAUAGCAUAUGGGUUGGAGCUUAGCAAUGUUAACUUCAUUUGGGUGGUUAAAUUUCCGGUGGAAGAGCACAUCAAGCUUGAAGAGGCGCUUCCUAAGGGAUUCCUGGAAAGGGUGCAAGACAGAGGACUAGUGAUCGAGGGAUGGGCGCCACAAGCUAGGAUUCUAGCACAUCUUAGCGUCGGCGGAUUUGUGAGCCAUUGUGGGUGGAGUUCAGUCAUGGAAAGUAUGAAGUUCGGAGUCCCAAUCAUCGCGAUGCCGAUGCAUCUUGACCAGCCACUCAAUGCAAGGCUCGUCGAGGAUGUCGGGGUCGGAUCAGAGGUGAUGAGGAACGAGAGUGGAGAGCUCGAGAGGGAAGAGAUUGCGGCGGUGAUCAAGGGCGUUAUGGUGGACGACGGUGGGGAGCAUGUGAGGAAUAAGGUCAAAGAAGUGAGUGCGGGCAUUAGAAGCAAAGGAGAUGAAGAGAUGGACGAAGUGGAGGAUGCGAUUGUGAAGCUUUGUGGAGUAGCGACGGGUGGCGUCUGACAGUUCCAAAUUGUCAAUUGAUUAUCAAAUUCCUAUAAUCUUGGUUGAUUUAUUCGAAUAAGGGCAAUAGCUACCAUUUAGUUAUAAUUUCUUGGUUUAAUUAUUCUGAUUGGUGUCCUAGUUUAACUCUCUUAUCGUCUGCUUUCACUCUACAUCAUCAAGUGGCAAUCGUAGGCUCGUAGCAUAGUCUACUACCAAUUGGCUACCGACGUUGACGCCUCGAUCCUGAAGAGCACACGAUGAAGUUGGCUACGAUGAAUCAGAUUUGUCUGCUGCCCAGCCUCCUUGGACUUGUC